AAAUUAUGUUUACAGAGAGUUAAAUCCGCCAUCGUACUACCGGCGCAGGGAGGUUCGGAGAUAUGUCAUUUUUGUAAUAAAAGGGUUUACUUAAUGGAGAGGCUCAGUGCAGAAGGCAAAUUCUUUCAUCGCGGUUGUUUCCGAUGUGAAUAUUGUACUAUUUCACUAAGGAUAGGAAAUCAUACAUUUGAUCGAGAGAAGGACGGAGGACGUUUUUAUUGUACACAACAUUUUGGAUUAUUGGGAACUAUAAAAACUAAAGUGGAAAAGAAAAACAAUCCAGUGAAAAAAGGAAAUGAAUCUAAUGUUGCAAUUACCUCGAUAGUAUCAGAAAAGGCCAAAACAUCAAUAGAAGGCGUUGCUAGCUUAGAUCUCCUUGAUCGUGGACAGACUCCGGAAAGAAUAGAAUUUGAAAAUUUAGCGGUAAUUUUAGAUCCUGAGGAAGCUCACAGCCAGAUGGAUGAAGACGAAUGGACAGAUAGAAAUUUUGGUGCGUCUACCGCUGAAAUGGGAUCUAGUGAAGAUAUAUCUGACAUGAGUGAUUCUGACGAGGAUAAUGAAGUGUUUGAAGAAGCUAUAGAUCAACCGAUAACAACUGAAGGAACUCUCGAAUUAGCUAAGAAUUGGACGUUACGUUACUCCCAAUCGCACGCUACAAUCGAACAAUCUGACACUGGAAGCAACGAAUAUGAAGAGUCUAGUGACGAAUAUGCUAGUGAAGAUGAUGAAAGUGACACAGCAACUGAAGAUGAAGAAGAUGUCCGUGCACGGGAACUCCGAAAACAAGAAGUAUGGUUGAAAAUGCCACUACGCAACUCCGACACUGAUACUGGUUCGGAAACAGAGGUCGCAUCGUCGGAGGAUAUAUCGACCGAAGAAAGUGCAGAAAAUUCUGCAACAGAGAUCUCGACUGAUUCUGAAUUUGAACACGAUGAAGCAACUCCAACUCAACACGAAAUCCCUCAAAUUACCAUCAACGACUCUUAUGUACGGAAAACAAGGGGUACCUACAUUGAACCGAAGAGAGUGCAGGUGAAAAGUAAAGUAAUUCCUUCAAUUGAUGACAAUCCAAAGCAGGAUCAGAAACAGCAAAAUAUUGAUGAGCAAUUUUUGCGAAAUAAUUCUACUAAGCACGAACUAAAUAAAAAGGUGAACUGCAAUAUUUCUGUACCGACACCUAUCGAUACAAGCAGUCCCAUGCCAUUGUUUAACCCACGGAAAGGAGAUUACUUAUUGAAUCGUACUCAUUCCACUGAAGGAAUUGCUUCAAGACUUUCUUUAGAACUGAAGAAACGCUAUCUACUGGGUGGAUCAGGUUUAGGUGGAUCCGUCGUAAAAUCAGGUUCGACUUCUAACGUGGACACGAAGCUGAGGAAUUUCACAGACGCAAUCUCUCAGCAUCAGAAAUUAUUGAAUCCGGCGCCGGAACCUAGUCCUACGAUGCAAGCGUUUCUUCAAGGUACCAGCAAACUGGGAUCCAAAAAUGCAUCACUUUCUCCGUUGUCGCCUACAAUUUUAUCUUCGCCACAGUUGCCCAGUAAUCGUUAUCGAAGUCCAUCAUAUGAUGUCGCAUAUAAGUCAACAGCUGUAAUCGAAACGUCCAAGGCGCAGCAUUUACCUGAUUUAGUGAAAGAAUCUAAUAUCUUGAAAUCAAAGACAGCACCUAACAUUUGCGGUGAAUCGAUGAAAAAUAAAGUAUUAAUAAGGAAUCAAGUGCUACAUUACCAAAUCAGUAACUCGGUGGAGUAUAGUACAGAACAAAAACAGAAUUUACAAAACGUGGGGGAUAUUUCGGAAGAUAAUAAUGAUUUUAGAUCACGUAGUCCACUUCAUGAAACAUCUAUUAUCGUUCCUGAAGUGAACUGGAGCAAAAGUAACGAGAGUAAAAACAUUAGUUCGGGUGAUUCCGAGAUAGAUAGCGAUUCAUUAUCUUCUUUUGAUUCUAACGAGAUGAUUGAGAACUGUCAACAUGUACCUGUAAAUUUUUCACCGCCUAGAUUGCAGAUUCACAGCAUUGAUGGUGACCUUUUAUUAGACGAUGGAUCUGACCAAUUCAAAGUUUACGAUCCUGAUGAUGGUCAGACUUUUGAACCAGAUUCUAUUGAAGUUUCUUUCCUACAAGAUCGCAGAUUACUCGAUUCACCACAAAAUAAUUUACAUAUUGAAACGGUGGAUAACAAUAUGAAAAAGUUAGAUUUGCAAGAUGAUACUAGAAUAAGCAAUUGUAGUAGUCCUGCUUCUGAACUUUCAACGUCUUAUAAACAGGAUAAUUCUGAAGAAAACGAUGUUACCACCGCCGCUUUGACUGAAACAGGAUUUUCUGAAUGGGCUCGCGAUGGAGAAGUUUUAGUUUCUGAUGACCUCUGCGAUGUAGAACUUAACGUUGAUCCUAAUUUUAUUACUAUACGAAAAAAUAAUUUAUCUUCUUUUUUGAAGUUACCUUCUGCAUCUAUUAAAAUCACUAAAGAGAAAGAUAUGAAGCCUAAUUGUUCUAAGAUCAACUCGAAAAUUGAUUGGGAGUAUCCUAGUAAUAACACAUCAAAAUUGUUGACUAACGAUGAGAAUAUUGAUUAUAUGGACACAGAUAAUGAAUCGCUAUUAGAUGACAGCCUUCAAGAUGCUUCCAAUGUUGCGAUGCAAAGAAAUCGUGGUUAUAUUGAGUUUGUAAACAUUAAAACCACGAACAUUCCCACUUUGACAAAUAUAUCCAGUAAACAAGUUAAUGCUCCGAUAGCAAAAUUGGAACUGGAAAAUGACUUGUAUGACGAAAGAGAAGAAGGUUUCAAAGACGCAAAUGUAAUUGAGAUAGAUCCCAUUACUAUGGAAGAUGUAAUGGGUAAGCUAAAUUGUCUUAUGAAAAAAUCAUCACCAAUGCAAUUAGAAAUUCAAACAGAAACUAGAAGAGAAUUCAAAGAUAUGUUUCAUCAAGACGAUUUAAAACAGAAACAACUAGUAGAAGCAUUUAACAAGAAAUUACUUCAAUCAAUGGAGGAAGAUAGUUUAUUAUUAGUUGAAUUAGCCGAAGAUACAACCACCAGUGAGGCUGUUACUGUACUUGCCAGUCCAAUUAAUCCCGAAAUCUCUAUAGAUUCUGGAGAAAAAAUAGAAAAAAAGGAACAAUUAAUUAAAGCAGACUGUAGUAAUUCAGAUUAUAUGGAAUACGUAAAAAAAUUGCAGUCUAGAAUUGCAGAAUUUAGCAAUGCGAAAGAUUCUAUUGAUAUAAGAAAAUCAAAACGAAAGAACUCAAAAAAUGCGACACAGGCAUGUAUUACAGACAUGAUUGUUGAAGAAAUCAAGUCUCAAGAAAUAACAGCUGAAAAUGGUAAUAUAAAUUCACCAACAAUUUCGAGGAAACUCGAAGAGAUCACUAGAGAGAGGUCAAAGCAGAAAAAUCUUAUCCAAGAUUUGUUGAUGGAUAAACUCGAAGCUCACAAACAGAAAUCAGCUGAGAAAAGAGCUCGAAGAGCUGCUAGGACCUUGUCCUUCACCACAAUACCCUCACUGAUAAAAUCUCCAUCAUCUCAUACCUUUUCCACUAAUAAGAAAUUUGUUCCUAUUUCUAUCACAUCUUCUUUAUGUAAUCCAAUUGAUAUUACUUUUGAUGAAUCAAAUAAAUCAUUGACUUCUUCAAUAUCCUCUCGAUUUUGUGAACAAUAUGAUCAAGUUGAAGCCAAAGAAGAGAUUCUAAUAAAUAUUAAUCAGCCAAAUCAAUCAAAGACAAAGGAUGUAAUAAAGUCAGAAAUUAUUGGUGUAGAUAAUAUGCCUCAGGCUCCAAUUGUACCAGUAAAAUUGAGGACUGAACAAACAAAAAAAUUUGCAGAAAAAUGUAAACAUGAUGCCAAAGGCUAUGCGAGAAUAAAAAAUGGUGAAGAUUUAAAAUUUAAAUCUGAGGACAAAAUUAGGGAAAUUAAAAUAAAGACUAUACGACGACAGGUUUCAGUAGAAGAUACAAGAAAACAUAAUAUUUCAGAGAUUGGAAAAAUUAGACCAUAUAGUUUCAGUAUGAUGGAUAACUCGGGAUUGAAGUUACAAAUCAGCAAGAGUACAGACAAUAUGAAAUAUAUUGCAGAACAAAACAGUCUUGAAAGAUCACCAUCGGUUAAUGCAAAAUCUAUGGAUGAGUUAUUAAACAUUACAAGUUCUUUGACAUUGGAUAAUAAUAAUGUAGCAAAAAGAGAAAAAAAGAAACUGAAGGACCCAGAAAGAAGAAAGAGUAUUAUUCAAGCAGUGUCUGAUUUUUUCUUUAAAAAAGAAUGCAAUCCAUUACCUAACCAGAAGGAUAAAUUAUCGAUGUUUCGACUAACUCCAAAAGCAAAAGGAAAUCUUGAGAAGAUGGUAUUGCCGAGAUCUGACAUAAGACCUAAAGGCAUGUCGGAAAGUUUAUUGGAUGAUCAUUUUCUCACUGGAAAUCUACCACCUGUGCCACCACCGCCACUAAACUAUUCUAUAUCUACUACCCGUGUUUCAGAUGAUAGUUUGUCGGAUGACGAUACGAGAACAACUGCUUUGUCAUAUACGCAAAAAACAAUAGCAACCGAAGAAUAUAAUAAAUUUCAACGGAAAUCGAAGACUUCCAAAAAAGUAGCUCGACAAGCACAGUUAAAGAGAUUGCGGAUGGCUCAAGAAAUACAAAGAAAAUUAGAAGAGACUGAAGUGAAACAGAGAGAAUUAGAAAACAGAGGAGUAAGCGUCGAGAAAGCAUUGCGUGGUGAAGGAGAUUCCUCCGACCAUGAAGAAGCAGAUUUACUCAGGGAAUGGUUUGAUCUUAUGAAAGAACGCACUGAACUACGUAGAUACGAAAAAGAGCUUCUGAUACGCGCACAAGAAGUACAAUUGGAAGAUCGUCAUGAACGAUUGCAACAAGAAUUACGUGAACGCUUGGCUGAUGACGAUGAUAAAAAGACUAAUGAUGAUGUCAAGAAGGAAGGGGAAAUCUUGACAGAGAUGUUGGAAAUUGUGGCAAAGAGAGAUUCUCUAAUUGCUUUAUUAGAAGAAGAACGACAAAGAUAUCAAGAUGAAGACCGUGAUCUUGAAGCUCAAAUGCUGUCCAAAGGCCUGAGAUUAACACCAAUAAAGAAUUGUGCAUCUAAAUAUAAAAUAUAACGUGUGGAAA